AUGCUUUUGUGCAAAUAUGAUCUCGCAGUUUGCGAUUUUCAUGGACAAUCGCCAUUAUUAAUAGCUUCUUUAUCAGGAAACGAAACAAUAGUGCGAUUACUGUUGGAGAAAAACGAUGACGUUGUAAACCUUUACGAUGAUAACAAACAGACACCACUAUUUGUUGCUUGCGAAAAAGGAUACACUGGAAUUUCCAAAGCAAUUAUCAAAUACGAUGCUAAUGUCAAUUUAUCAAACAGUUCUGGUAGUUCACCACUUUAUGUCACUUGCCUUAAAGGACAUUAUGAAAUAGCGAGUAUAUUGUUAAAACAUGGUGCUGGUAUCAAUCAAUUCGACAAGGACAAUAGAACACCUUUAUACGCUGCUUGUAAAGCUGGAAAAAAAGACAUUGUAGAACUGCUGUUAAUAAAAGGAGCAGACAAAGACAUAUGUAAUAAAUGGGGGGUGUCCGCCUUAUUUGUGGCCUGUCGAGAAGGUCAUACUAAUGUUGUCAACUGUUUAUUAGAAAACAAUUUCAAGACAACAUUAUGUGAUACCAAUAAUACUUCGCCACUUCAAAAGGCCUGUGAAGAAGGAUUUAAAGAUAUAGUGGUGUCAUUAUUAAGACAUGACGGAGACAUUAACAACACAGACCAUAAUAUUAGAACACCUUUACACUCAGCGUGUGAAAAUGGACAUGAAGCUAUAGUUGAACUAUUAAUCGAUUCAAAAGCAAAAUUUAUAGCAGACAGUAACGGCAUGUACCCAUCAGAUGUAGCUAGAAAAAAUGGACAUACAACUAUAGCAAAUAUGUUUAAAUAG